CGGUUGCUCGCCUGCAGCCUGUUGGUGGGCGCGAGCGAGGGGCUGCUGCCGGUCGUGCACAGGGGGUGGCAGUCCGCGGCCGGCGAGCGGCGUGUGCGUGCCGGGGCAGCGGUCGUGGCGUCAGAGGCCAGCAGACCUGGGAAGCAGAAGGUGGUGGUGACGGGCUUGAGCACGUUCACCUCGCUCGGACACGACGCGCACACCUUCUUCGACAACCUCUGCGAAGGGAAGUGCGGCAUCCAUCCGAUUACCCGCUUCAACUGCGACGGCUCCACCAAGCAGACGACGCACCAGACCACAAUCGCGUCCGAGGUGAAGGACUUUGAGCCGAGCGACUACUGGGAUGCGAACGUGGCCAAGCGGCAGGACCGCUACUCCCACCUCGCGAUGGCCGCUGCCAAGAUGGCGCUCAAAGACGGCGGCUGCGACCCGAAGGACCUCGACUCGAAGCGCUUCGGAGUCCUGGUUGGCUCCGGCGUGGGCGGGCUGGACGCCGUCGAGCGCAGCUGCGACAUCCUCUUCAACAAGGGGCCGAAGCGGAUCUCGCCCUUCCUGCUCCCCUCCAUCAUCGGCAACACUGCCGGCGCGAUGAUCGCAAUUGAGGUGGGGGCGCAGGGGCCGAACUACGGCAUCGUGUCUGCGUGCGCGACCGGCACGCACGCGAUCGGAGAGGCGCUCAAGUACCUGCAGUGGGGCGAGUGCGACGUGAUGCUCGCCGGAGGGUCCGAGGCGGCGGUCACUCCGCUCGGCUUUGCGGGCUUCAACUCGAUGCGCGCGAUGUGCACCUCUGCGAACGACGACCCGCAAAAGGCGAGCCGCCCUUUCGACGCGGACCGCGCGGGUUUCGUGAUGGGCGAGGGGUCGGGCGUGCUGCUGCUUGAGACGGAGGAGCACGCGCUUCGGCGCGGCGCAAAGAUCUACUGCGAAAUUGCGGGCUACGCUGCCACGUGCGACGCGCACCACAUCACCGCGCCGCACCCGGAGGGGGAGGGGAUGGCGGCGUGCCUCGAGACGGCGAUGGAGGCGGCGGGCGUGGCGCCGGAGGAGGUGCAGUACAUCAACGCGCACGGCACCUCGACGCCUCUCAACGACAAGUUCGAGACGAUGGCGUACAAGCGUGUGUUUGGGGAGCACGCCUACAAGAUGAAGAUCUCGUCGACCAAGGGCGCCACCGGCCACCUCUUGGGUGCGGCGGGCGGCGUCGAGGCGGCGAUCGUGUGCAAGGUGCUCGAGACGGGCGUCGUGCCUCCGACGAUCAACUACCAGACCCCCGACCCGGACUGCGACCUCGACUACGUGCCGAACGUCAAGCACGUCGCCGAGAAGCCCAUCGAGGUUGCUAUCACCGACAACCUCGGCUUCGGCGGGCACAACGCCGCGCUCGUCUUCAAACGCUACCAGCCCCCCCAGUGACCAGGAGUGGCGCGGGACCGCACCCUGGCCUUCGCAGGAUCCGAGCGGCGGGGCGACGGCUUUCGUAGUGGAGCUUCGCCCGCUGCGCUCCGGCCCGGCGCGGCCCGUUUUCGCACUCUCACACCCAGCCCCCCCCCCCCCCUCUUUGCUCAUGACUUCGAGUAGAGCGCUCUCCUGCGCGAGAAGCACUGUUCUGUGUUGGAGCACAUCAGAGACGUGUGUUGUCACACACAGUUCUCGGUCCUAUGGUCUCUCAUACGUGGAGC